GACGCGAUGCGCUCCGCGUUGGCGCUUGCGGCGCUGCUGCUGCUGCUGUCGCCGCCGUCGCUCUCCCAGGAAAACAGUGCCCAGCCCAGCACAGCCCCCACGACCACGACACAAACUUCAGUCUCUACCAGGCCAACCCCAGCCUCAGCCCCAGCCCCUAAAAGCUCCGUGGCAGCUUCAGUCCCGGCCGAGCAGCCCACUGCACCCAUGACAACGAAAGCCCCAGCCACCCGGAGCCCCUCUGCGUCCCCUGGAAGCUCCGUGGAGACCUCAGCCCCAGCCCAGGGCUCGGCCACAACAGAGCAGAGCCUGAGUAUUCCUACUAAGGCUGAAGCUAAGGACGCAGGUGGCGUCACCACGGCACACGUCACCGGCUCUGUUCAGCCUGUCACCAGUGGCAGCCAGGUCGCAGCUCAGGACCCAGCUGCAUCCGAAGCUCCGAGCAGCCACAGCAUCACCACAAAGUCUCUGACCACAGAGGCCAUGAGCCAGGCCCCCCGUCAGACCACAGAUCUCGGCACCACGGGACCCACUGCUCCUCCUGUGACCAACUCGGCCAGCCCUGACCUGCUGAGCCAUGCCACCGCGAAGCCCUCCAAGGGGCCCCAACUCAGUUUCCCCACAUCUGCCAGCAGCCUGGGCCCUGGCACUGGCACCCUCUCCACACCCCAGGGGAAGCCUGCGACACUGACGCCCGUGGCCAGCUCGGCAGAGACUCAAGGGAUGCCCAGCUCGAUGCCACCCAGCCCGGCCUCCCCCUCCCCCUCUCCUUCCUCCCCCUCCCCCGCACUGCAGCCCUCGGGCCCCUCGGCAGGAACAGAGGACACAACCGGCAGGGGCCCCACAAGCUCCAGCACUGAGUUGGCUUCAACUGCCCUGCACAGCCCCAGCACAUCUCCCCCCACCUCGGCGGUGCGAGACCACAGGGUAAGCUGCGGGCCUCCGGAGAGACUGACCGAGCAGCUGCUCAUCCUGAACCUCACCAGAAACAGUCCCUGCAUACAUUUAUUUCAAAGGCAGAGUCAGGGAGAAGGAGAGACAGAUCUCCAUGCACUCGAGAGCCUUCCGGAAGACAAACUGGUCACCCUGCUGUGCCGCGCGGCCAAGCCCACCUUCAACCCCGCCCAGGACCAGUGCCACGUGCUGCUGGCGCCCGUGCUGGGAAGCCACGCGGUGGUGGUCAAAGAGAUCACCGUCAAGACGAAUCUGCUGCCCACGGCCGUGUUCGAGCUGCUGAAAGACAGAUGGGAUGACCUGAGAGAGGAGGGCGUCAGCGACAUGCAGCUGGGGGACCAGGGGCCCCCGGAGGAGACUGAGGACCGCUUCAGCCUGCCGCUCAUCAUCACCAUCGUCUGCAUGGCCUCCUUCCUGCUGCUUGUCGCGGCCCUCUACGGCUGCUGCCACCAGCGCCUCUCCCAUAGGAAGGACCAGCAACGACUCACAGAGGAGCUGCAGACCGUGGAGAACGGUUACCACGACAACCCGACCCUGGAAGUGAUGGAGACGUCGGCCGAGAUGCAGGAGAAGAAGGUGGUCAACCUCAACGGGGAGCUGGGGGACAGCUGGAUUGUCCCGCUGGACAACCUGACCAAGGACGACCUGGACGAGGAGGAGGACACGCACCUCUAACGGGCCUGCCGCCGCCCGCCCCCACCACUGCUCACUGACCACCUCAAGUGCCGCUGGGCCGGGGAGGACGCCCCCUCCCAGCGCCCCCAGGGCCUUACCUUUUCCUUCUC